CCGCCGCUUAUGCAACACAUCAUCGACAACCAUCCCGACAUGGCAACGGCGCUGCUGGCGGGGGAGAAACUGAAGGAGCUGAUCCUGCCGGGCCCGCAGGACGACAAGGCCGGCGGCUCCCUGGCGGCGCUGCUGCUGCAGCUCAAGCUGGAGCUGCCCUUCGACCGCGUGGUCACCAUCGGCACCGUCCUCAUCCCCAUCCUCCUGGUCACGCUGGUCUUCACCAAGAACUUUGCCGAGGAGCCAAUAUACUGUUACACACCACACAACUUCACCCGUGACCAAGCCUUGUAUGCCAGAGGAUACUGUUGGACAGAACUAAAAGAUGCCUUGCCAGGAGUAAAUGCCAGCCACUGGCCUUCUUUGUUUGAGCAUAAGUUCCUACCUUAUGCCCUGCUGGCUUUUGCUGGUAUUAUGUACAUUCCUGUGCUUGGCUGGGAAUUCCUGGCCUCUACCAGACUGACUUCUGAACUUAACUUUUUGCUCCAGGAAAUAGAUAACUGCUACCACCGUGCAGCAGAAGGCCGUGCACCCAAAAUAGAAAAGCAAAUCCAGACGAAAGGCCCCGGGAUCACCGAGCGAGAGAAAAGAGAGAUCAUUGAAAAUGCCGAAAAGGAAAAGAGUCCGGAGCAAAAUUUGUUUGAGAAAUACCUGGAACGGAGAGGCCGCAGCAAUUUCCUAGCCAAACUGUAUCUCGCACGACAUUUGUUCAUCAUAUUCUUAAGCAUCAUUCCAAUCACCUACUUGUCCACCUAUUAUGCUACACAGAAACAAAAUGAAUUUACUUGUGCUCUGGGCGAACCUCCUGACAAAACCAGCAAUUCUAAGUUGCUCAUUAGAGUGAACUGCAAACUGCCAUCUGUGCAGCUCCAGCGCAUAAUUGCGGGGGUAGACAUUGUUCUUCUUUGCUUCAUGAACUUAAUUAUUCUCAUCAAUUUAAUUCACCUUUUCAUAGUCCGCAAGUCCAACUUCAUCUUUGAUAAACUGAACAAGGUUGGCAUCAAGACGAAAAAGCAAUGGCAGAAAUCUCAGUUCUGUGAUAUCAAUAUCUUGGCUAUGUUCUGCAAUGAAAAUCGGGACCAUAUCAAAUCGCUGAACCGCUUGGACUUUAUUACUAACGAGAGUGAUUUGAUGUAUGACAACGUGGUGCGCCAGCUUCUCGCAGCGCUAGCCCAGUCUAACCAUGAUGUCACGCCAACUGUGCGCGAUUCUGGGAUACAAACCAUAGACCCAAGCAUUGAUCCUGCAGACAUUGAUCCCAGUGAGCCACUGAUCAUUAAGCGACCUCGUAAGAAAAUGAAAUGGAUCCCAAGCACCAAUCCCCUUCCUCAGCCAUUCAAAGAGCAGUUGGCGAUUAUGAAGGUUGAAAACAACAAGCCCGAGAAGCCAAAGCCAAUCCGCCGAAAAACAGCCACAGACAGCCUGGUUGCCCCUUUGCUAGAGACUACCUCCAAAUGUUCUCAGCCAUCUGCUUCCAAAACUGAAUCAAGCACACUCUCCAGCACAGGGAAUGAGAAGAAGCAUGCAAGGCACUUUUCCUUAGAUGUUCAUCCAUAUAUACUUAGCAGCAAUAAAAAACCCAAGCCAGAGAUUCAGCCCAUAACUGCUAUGGCAACAUCCAAAAGCCAAGGGAGUGGAUUUUUAAACCAAGAAGAGAAAGUCAUAGUGCGUGUCACCUCUGCCCUCAAAGAUUCUUCCCUUCCUGGAAAAGAGACUUUUUACUCACAUGACACAUGCAGGACUGUGCCUUCCACCGGCACUUUUCUCAUGUGCAAUCACAACCACAUAGCAACUUCUGCUGCUGCAGCAAAUGCCACCCUGGGCCAAGUCACCAAGGCAGAACCAGUGGGUGCUCUAAACUGUAACCCCACACACCCUCUUCUGCACAUCAAAACGCUAUAUGAAGACAAUGAAGAAGAGGUGUCAGACCUUAUAGACGACUCUUUAGACAAUAGAAUUAACUCACCAAUAGAAGCAGGGGAUAUAAUCUCCAUACCUUCCACAAAGCAAAUCAUGUUGGCAACCUUUGAUGAACCAAUAGCAAUAGUGAACUCCGUAGAAUAUUGAAGACGCCAAGCUGAUGCUGAUAUAUGCUUGAACCUGAUGGGCCCGCUUCCUGGUACCACUGUAAUGUGAACCAUGCUCCCCCUACCAAUGCCAUCCACUGCAUGAGCAUGGAGUGCUGAAAUGCAGACCAUAGGUUUUACUAAUACUCUUAAUCGGUCAUGCAGGGUAGUAUCAUCACUGCUAUCAGUAGCUUGCAAAAUAUAACGAUGAUGGUAAUGUCAACCAAAUUACGGUGUACUAAGAAUCAUAAGCUCAAAAGAUGUUAGGUGUAGCUUCAUGAAUUUACAUGUGGAUUACUACAAUGAUCCAAACAUAUAAUAGCACUUAAGGGCAUGACACACAGUGUUUCUUCAACAAA